UAUAUCUCAUGGCUUCGAUAUUCUUACAAGUUCUUGCACUACUUGCAAUACUAUAUAUUCUUCAAGAAUUACACAACCAAUUCAUAAAAAAGAAGAAAAAACUCCCUCCUGGUCCAAAAGGGCUUCCAAUUAUAGGAAAUCUCCAUAUGAUUGGGAAAAAUAUCCACCAAGAUCUUCAUAAAAUAGCCAAAAAAUAUGGUCCAAUAAUGAGCAUGAAAUUUGGUGCUAUUCCUAUAAUUGUUGCUUCAUCUCCUCAUGCUGCUGAACAAUUCUUGAAAAAACAUGAUCUUAUUUUUGCUAGUAGACCAAAUAGUAGAGUUAUGCAAAUCGUCGCGUAUAAUCAGAGAAAUUUGACAUUUGGAAAGUAUGGACCUUAUUGGAGAAAUAUGCGAAAAUUAUGCACGUUAGAAUUGCUUAGUCCACUCAAGAUCAAUUCAUUUCAAGAUAUGAGAAAACAACAAGUUACAAAUUUUGUGACUUUAAUCAAUCAGGCAGCUUCUAGUCAUGUUGAAGUUGAUAUUAGUGCUAAUCUUGCUUUAUUAAGUGCUAAUAUGUCAUGUUUAAUGAUAUUUGGGAAAAAAUACAUGGAUGAUGAAUUUGAUGAAAGGGGUUUUAAAGAUGUUAUUCAAGAGGCUUUGAUUAUAGCAGCAACACCAAAUAUUGGUGAGUUUUUUCCUUUUCUAGAUAAGUUUGAUUUGCAGGGAUUAAUUCCUCGUAUGAAGAAAUUGGCUAAGGUAUUUGAUGAAUUUUUGGAGAGAGUUAUUGAUGAACAUGCUCAAAAUUCCAAAGAGGAGAAACAAACUAAGGAUAUUGUUGAUACUAUGAUGAAUAUCAUGCAAUCUGGUGAAGCUGAAUUCGAAUUUGAUCGACGUCAUGUCAAAGCUAUUUUAUUGGACUUGUUAAUAGCUUCUAUAGACACCUCAGCAACAUCAAUUGAUUGGAUUUUCUCUGAACUUCUAAGGCACCCAAAUAUAAUGAAGAAAUUACAAAAGGAGUUGGAACAAGUAGUUGGAAUGAAUAGAAUGGUGGAAGAAUCAGACUUGGAAAAAUUAGAGUACUUAGACAUGAUAAUCAAAGAAGGCUUUAGGCUUCACCCUAUUGCACCACUACUCAUCCCUCGUGAAUCAAUGGAAGAUUGCAUAAUUGAUGGCUUUAAUAUACCUAGAGGUUCAAGAAUUCUAGUAAAUACUUGGGCAAUCGGAAGAGAUUCAGAAGUUUGGCCUGAACCUGAGAAGUUCAUGCCAGAAAGAUUUGUUGGUAGUGAUAUUGAUCUUCGUGGACAUGAUUUUCAACUUUUACCAUUUAGCUCUGGGAGAAGAAGAUGUCCUGGAUUACAAUUAGGGCUCACAGUUGUUCGCCUAGUAAUAGCACAAUUGGUUCAUUGUUUUGACUGGAAGCUACCAAAUGAUAUGAUGCCAAAUGAUUUAGACAUGACUGAGAAAUUUAGUUUAGUUGUAUCUAGAGCUCAACAUUUAAUGGCGAUUCCUACUUAUCGUUUGCAUGUAUAGUUGAUAUGAGCCUUGGUAGAGCGAGGUGGGUUAGAGUUUUUGCAGGUGCGUAGCGAAUUUAAAUAUUUAU